AAAAAAAAAAAAACUUUUUAAAGCUCGUGAUCUAAAACAAGUCCUAAUGUUUGUAUCUCAAUCUUUUUUUUAGGUAGACACAAAACAUAUCAUCACAUAACUCAAGACAAAUUGAGUAAUUAUAUCUUGAUUUAGUAAAACGUGCAUACUUGUGUAUGGUUAAAUUUCUUGUCGCCAUUCCACAUUUAUGAUAAUUGAUGAGUUGGUUGUGACGAAGAAGAAAAAUAAUUUCGAAUUUUAUUAACCUCACACGCAAUAAUCUAGCUAUGCUAGCUACUAGUCAAUAAUCACUAUAGAAUAGAUCAAAUUGGGAUCAUAAAACAUAUAGUUGAGGAGAGAACAGAAAGGAAAACAACAUAGAAUAUACCAAUAUGGCCAUGAAAACACAUACAGGGGAUCAGCUAGAAGUUAAUCACAAGAAAGUUCCUUCUGUCCAAGAAAUGGCAAAGAAGAAACUUGUAAGGAUUCCUUCUCGAUAUGUACGUGACGAUCAGGAACGUUCAGUUGCAUCAUCAAAUAGGGAAGUUCCAGUCAUUGAUAUGCAACGAUUGAUCAACUCUAACGAUCAUGAUGACUCCAUAAAUAUCGAGCUACAGAAGUUACACUUUGCGGCCAAAGAAUGGGGUUUCUUUCAGUUGAUAAAUCAUGGAGUUAGUUGUUCAGUGGUGGAGAAGAUGAGGCAUGAGAUUCAAAAAUUCUUCGAUCUGCCAUUGGAAGAAAAGAAGAAGUUUGAAAUAUUGCCAGGGGAUACUGAUGGAUUUGGACAACACUUCGUUGUCUCUGAUGAGCAAAAGCUUGACUGGGCUGACCUCUUUGCCUUGAAGACUGCACCUCCAUAUUUACGGAGGCCUAUAUUUUCCAAGCUUUCCCUUUCAUCAACGUCCCUUCUCUACUAACUAAUCUACCAUAAUAUCCACAAAUUGAUUACAAAUCGUACGUUCCAAAUAGUAGUGGCAAUGUUUGGUAAGAGGGAAGUAAAAACACAACACACAUUAGCAUCAUUUUGUACAUAGUAACAUACAAUGUUGUUUUUAUCAUAUGUGGAUCAAGAGAGUCUAUACAGUUCAACUGAAUUUGUCUAUGGUCUUUGUUGCCAAUGUUGUUUUA